GGGGAUUGAGGUGACGACGGAGGAAUACUAGCCAGAAAGGGUUGGUUAUGGAUGUAUGAGUUAUGUUAUAUGGGGAUGGUUUAUGCUUUCGUAAAUAUAUUUUUUUCUUUGUUUAAUUGUUCGGAUACCCAAUAUAAUCAGAUGUUUUCUUUUUUUAUCGAUGUAUAUAUACUUGCUGAAUACAUGAAUCAUGCAUUGUUCUAUAAUGUCCGAUCUAUAGACAUCUGGGUAAGGUUCAUUAGUGUACGGAUAGGAUAGGAUCCCGUAAAAGCUAAGUAUACCUUUGGAACCAAUAGACUAUUUAUCAUCUCUUUGCGCCUCCUUCACAUCAUUACAAAACAACCACCUCGUUCUAGGAUC